UAAAAAAAGAAAUAGCUCCUUCUGAGAGAUGAAAUUAGUUUCAAUCAUCCAAGUCGCAUUCCUGAGUGUUACACGAUUUAAUUCUUGCUGUCACCGGGGCUUUGGUGUGAAGAGUGAAACUGUCAAAUUCUCCCAAGUUACAUCAGCAAUUUGUUUGGGCGUGUUUUCCUCGUAGGACAGUCUGAGCUUUUUAUAGCCGUGAAGUAAGCCCUUCGUUUUGUGUACACUGACAUUGACAGUCACAACGGGCGAGGUUCGUAGUUUGGAUUAUUUACCCACAUGACCGGCCUGUCAAAGACUGGAUCUAAAAUGCAGGACACAUCACAUUUCCUGCUAGUGUUGGUUACACUGCUGCUGUUUGACUGGAGCUUAGCACAAUCUCAUCAACGGUCCACAUAUAUCCACAUAACUCCUCCAUCGGGUAUCCAAAGCAUUCAGGGUCUUCAUCAGAAACUUCGCUGCGAUGCAAGCUACCUCGGUGAUCCAGUGGAUUUCAAGUGGUUGUACAAUGACCAAAUUAUACCAGAUACAAAUCCCAGGUACAACAUAGAUUACGACACAAACCCUAUGGACACCGCUACAUUUUCCAUUCUGACUAUAACGGCGACGAGGCCGUCCGAUAGCGGGCGCUACAGCUGUCGUAUGAAGCCCCCUGGAAGGGGCGUGGCAACCACGUCGGUCACAAUACUUGAACGUGCCCAACUUAUCACCAGCCACGACCAGGUCAUUCUCCAAGGCGAGAACACGACACUGUCCUGCAAGACCGUGCCGGACCUUACCAACUUUGGCUCGAAAAUUUAUUGGCACAAACAAAACCAGUUUAUCGGCUUACGGGGAAUGAUAGAUUUAAACGGAGACGAUAUCCCAGACGUCAAUAUUUCUCCCAAUGGCAAUCUGACGCUAAUGAACUCCAACACCGUGUUAGCUGGGACCUACAAGUGCAGAGUCAGAUACAGAAUCUACGGCAGAACCACCUUUGUCUCAAAUGACAUCAAUGUUUAUGCUAACGUGACAGUUCAGACUGACCCUUACGUCUGGUACAACUCCAACGCCCAGUUCCCUCUGGAGCUUCGUUGCUUUGUCCGAGGCUACCCAUACGCAGAUGUGUCUUGGAGAUACAGAGGCUUAUUGAUUCGGGGAAGUGACGUUGGCAACAACGUCACGCUGACGACAAAACCCCUAGACCACGUGACGAUGAUAUCAACGCUCACGAUCCGAGAGCCGGGCUUUAAGUCGUUCAAUAUGACCCGCUUUACGUGUGCGGGUGUGAAUAAAUACGGGAUGGAUAGACAAACUACUGCUGUAGUUAACACAGAUCAAGUGUUUGACCCUUUCUCCAGUGGCGGUCCUUCACUUUCAACACCUGCUCUCGCUUUGGUGACGGCUUCAUGUCUGCUGGUAGUCAUACAAUCAGUCGUCCAAAACUAAAUUAUAAAUUAAAUGUAUUAUUUCGUUGAUUGCUGCUUCUGUGUCUUUUUGUACUUUUUUUACCACCACUUUGAAAAUAGUUUAAGUCAUGCAAAAUUUGAAGGGUAUAAACAAUGUCAAAACCGCCCGAUUGAUCUUAUGAGAGUGCAACAUUAUAAUAGAUCAUUCAGUAAGCAUAGAUAUUUUAAUGUCCAUUUCACUGCCACUGUACAAUUUCAUCAACAGUUGAAAUCAGCGACCAAAAACGCUCGAGCGUGUAUCUGGAACCAGUUUCACAGAGCAACAAAGUUUUACCGUCUAAAAUAGUGUUACCGACCAAACUGCCAAGUUAGUACAUUUUGUUACUGUCACCCACCAAACUGCUUGUAUUUUCUCAAAAAGCAAAACCUUUGUUUUAAAUCGUUUUAAAUUGUUACAAAAAUGCAUACCGGAAAUUAUUAUUUUAAUAAGCUUUGUUUAUUGCUCAUUUUAAAUAAUUUUUUUUUAAAUAUUGAGGUUCUGUCCGCCAUAAUGAAAA